AUGUUGAAGACUGGAAGAUUCUGGAAACAGCAGUUUGUGGAAGCUUUCCAUUCUGCUUUCCAGGUGGUCCUGGAACUGUGCGAGGAGAAGGACUUGGAGGCAAUUCCUUUGGCACAGGCAGGAGCAGGGAGGCCUCUUUGCCAGCCCUCCUGGGGUAUUCAGGGGGUACAGGUACUUGAAACACUGACUCAGAGAUGUGUGUUUUCAGUUUUUGAUGAUGAAGAAGAAAGCAAGUUGUCUUACACAGAGAUUUACCAGGAAUACCAAGCGCUGGUCGAAAAAUUAUUAGAAGGCUAUCUUUCAGAAGUUGGCAUUACUGAAGAGAAAUUUCAGGAAGCUUUUUCAUCUCCUCUUGCAAAGACUCACACUUCACAGGCCAUUUUGCAGACAGUGCUGGCAGCAGAAGAUUUUAGACUAUUUAAAAAAAUGAUGGUACAGAAAAAUAUUGAAAUGCAAUUGCAAGCCAUUAGAGUCAUGAAAGAAAGAAAUGGUGUGUUGCCUGACUGUUUGACAGAGGGUUCUGAUGUAUUCAGUGAAAUUGAACAAGAAGAAAUGAAAAUACUCAGGGAGGUUCUAAGGAAAUCUAAGGAAGAAUAUGAAAUAGAGCAAGAAAGGAGACAGAUGGAAGAAGCACGUGCUAAAUGCAAAUCACCAGCUGUGACCAGUUUUCCAGGAGAUUCAAGAGAAACUGUAAAAGUUAAGGAGUCUACUGAGGGAGCUGAUGGUUCUGAAGAAACUCCAAAAUUAUCACUAGAGGAAUCUCGGCAAUCUGCAAGGACAGACUUAAAACCAGUCCGCCCAUCACAGAAAGGCCCAGAGAGCUCACCUCAGCCCCCCAAAGGGAAGGAGGACCCGAAGAAAAGAGCAUCUGGAAAACGUGCAGAAAGUACAGCCCAGAAAGCUGUGCCAGAAGGACAUAAUACACCAGAAUUUGACGAGCAGCAGCUGAGACAACGGGAGGACUAUCUUAAGAAAAAACGAGAUAUGCUGAUAGCUGCAAAGAAAGAGUCAAGAAAUAAUAUAAUACCACCCACAAACACAGACCAGAAGGAGGAGGAACCAUCUCCUAAGGAGGAAGUUUCAGAAGAGAAGCAAAAAUUACUGCAGAAGAGGAAAGUGCUGGCAGAAAAACUAAAAGAAGAAGUUAUUAAUAAGCGGUAACUGUGAGAAGCUCAUUGCACAUCCCAAGAACAUAGGCACCUUUUAGAAUAAAUUACAACCAAUAAUGGAAUGGAUUUGUUUUCAAGUAUCUCACAUUCGUUUUUAUAGAGCUUUCAGACAACUCAUUCUGUACUUUGUAUAAAAUAUUUGAAAUUAUGCUGAAAUACAUUGAAAACGGAUUUUCCAGAAUGCUGGAAACUCACUGAUUUUCACUGGAACGUGCUCAACAGUGAGGCAGUUUCGCAGCCUCAGCCACUCAAAUGUACAACAAAAGUAAAUAUUUAUCUGUUAAAGUAAUAGCUAAAAAGAGUGAACGAACAGAUUUGAAUAACUUUUUCUAAAGAUUACAGAAUUUGGUUCGUUAGAAUAUCAGAAAUAAACUACUAUUUUGAGCUGUAGUGAGUCUGAGUUCACGUGGAAGUGCUAAUGUGAUCAUCUUGUAUUUGAAGGAGCAGCUCGUGCAGCAUGAAGUGAGGGAAGCUGUACACACCUUCUAGGCUGCUUACCUGUACCUUAGAUCCAGAUUUGCUAUGAAUAAGUUAAAGAACAAAACAAAAGUAAGAACUAGGGACAUCACCAGAGCAGUUUGGUUCCAAAGUCAAGUCUUUAAACAAAUCAUUUACCAGUUUGUCUUUGGCAGACUUAAAAUGAAGCACGGGUGAGGGUGUCCUUAGCACAUUAUUGACUGUAACUCUAACUGAUGUUAAAAGAAACAGCCCAACCACUUCAAGUUCCGCGUAGCUUUUUAUUAAAAUAGCAUUUAUAACUGAUACAUGUUGGCAGGUGUUCUUUUCCAAAAGGAGUGGUGGUGGAAGGGCCCCAGCAGGAUCCGUGCAGGGGAAGCAGCUGUGGGCGACCCCUGGGGGCCGAGAUGCGGGGUGACAGCCCCAGCCGUGAGCUGCUCCGUGUGCUGCCUGCCGCUUUCUACGGGAAUCGGAAGAGGAAUGCGAGCAGCACAGCUUAGUGCCCCUUCGUACAGUUUUUCUAGUAGCUGUAAAUGUUGGUGAUGUUCUUGUUUUUGCUGUUGGAAAAAGACUCGUGUUGGUCUGAAGCAUUUUUUAAGCUCCUGACUGUACUUGAGGAGAGAGCUGACGUGGUGGGGAGCACUGAGUGAGCUUCAGUCAGAGCCUGAGAGGAGCUGCCUUGGGUAGCUGUUCAAAGAGCAUCAGGACAGCCUUGGGUCCACGGGCCAGGUAACAGUUUUUCAGCCUUAGAUUAGUAAAGGCACACGGUGCAACUCUGCUGCUUGAGUAGCACUGGAGGUGGUUUAUCAUCUUUACCAAUGGAGAAGAGACUCAGGAAGAAAAAGAGACGGUCAGCAAGCACACACCAGCAGUACUGCUGGCAGCUCUGCUUUGAGCAGUGAUGGAUAUUCACAUCCUCCAUGUCCAGAGCUGAGGGUGCAGCGCCGCCAUCCCCAGGUCCACACGAGUUCCAUCCAGCAGCACCUGGCCCAGAGGUGGGAAGAGCUCACGUGUCCCCUCAUAGCACUGAGUCACUGACACAGCUGCACAACAGCCAUUCUUAAAGAAUGCUGGAAAACGACCACGUUUAAAAUCCUGAGUUAACUUACUGUGUACAACAAACCAAACAAAAGCAGUAAUUAUGGAAUUACAGGGUCACAUUUUAAUUCCUGAAUUGUACAGGUCAGCAUUAAUAUCACCACGUGUAUACAAAUGGUGUAAAACAAGUACAGUGGUAUUUUUAAUACAAAAUAAACUUCUGUUUUAUGGAAAAACUAUACUUCAUAUCUACACAGACAGCCCAUCUUUUU